GCAAGGAAGAGAGUUCACUAUGCUCCAUUGUCGCUAGGCUCGCGAAUCAGGUCCUGGCUCGUGAAGGGAGGAGUGAAGGGGUCCCCUGACCGCGUGUCUCCCAGUUGCAUAUGCACGGAAUCGGAUGCGAGGUGAAGCCGCCGUCGCUUCUAUUGGAGCUCGCACAUCCAUCCUGGCACUGCAUUCCUCAAGGAUACCGAAGCGAUGCAGUACAGCCUGAACCCAUUCGCUCUGUCCAACCAGAUCCGCCAGAUGGGCGACCCCCGAACACGUGACUACCCUGUGGUAACGGACCCUCUGUUCGUGUUCACGCUUCUGCUAUCCUACCUGUAUUUCGUCAAAAUUGCCGGCCCUCGUUGGAUGAAGAACCGGGAACCCUUCCAGAUCAUCAAUAUCGUGCGCGUCUACAACUUGAUCUCGAUAGCCCUGGGCAUCCGCUUCCUCUACCUGGUGUUGAAGUUCACCUACCUUCCGGGCGGCCACUACAAUCUCUGGUGCCAGGGCAUCACUGGUUACAUGACCGACGAGAUGCGCGAAUACUACCGCACGGGCUGGAUCUACAUCGCGGCGCACUACAGCGACCUCCUGGACACCGUGUUCUUCGUGCUACGCAAGAAGUACACCCACGUCUCGCUCCUGCACGUGUUGCACCACACGAUCGUGGUCGCCAACACGUGGUUCUUCGCUCUGUUCGCGCCCGAAGGUCAGCCGACCAUGAGCAUGUGCCUGAACGUGUUCGUCCACGUCAUCAUGUACUCGUACUACUUUCUGACGACCUUCGGUCCCUCCGUACGCAAGUACCUGUGGUGGAAGAAGUACCUUACCACACUGCAGAUUGUGCAGUUCGUCCUAAUCAUGAUCCACUUAUCCAUACCGCUCUUCGUCGAUUGCGGCUUCCCGAAGCACUUGAUCAUGUUGGGCAACGUGCAGACGUUCCUCAUUCUCUGCCUCUUCGUAAACUUCUACGUCAAGACGUAUGUCGCCAAGCCCGCUCAUGCCGUUCCGCAAGGCAGUGAAGGCGCCGAAAGUAAAGUUGUUGACUCAGUUAUCAACGGAAAAAAUAAACUAACAUAGUGAAUCCAGCGCGGGAGAAUCCUUUCAUUGUAGUUUUCCGGUGUCUUAAUUGCACCCGCAUUGCGGCCUCCAAAUUACGUUGGCCGCUGUCGUCCUCGCGCGCGCCACACGCGGGAAAAUGGUCAUUGCUUCUUGCACACGCGGUCUUCGCACAGCGUUCUCCCUGUGAUCCUUUGCACGCCGUCGUUCACCCUACUCCGCCAAUGUAAGCCGGGCGGCCGCAUGCACCGGCUUCCUACUCGACAGCGGUAAUCAGUCGCACGGAGGUGUACUAUUAACGCCGCCUGACCAGCGACUGCAAGUAAAGGGACGACAAACCACGUGGGUUUCACUGACGAAGGGCUGUUUAGUGAGCUUUAUCUAAUGCUGCUGCUUAUUCUUGCAUUGCCUCACAAGUGUCGGCGGUGGUGGUGUAACGCUAAAACCCUACCUGUCGAAAACUCGCGUCUCGUUCACUUGGUAUAUACUAAAAUUGGCAUG